AUGGGUAUAUUCUCAAGGAAGAAUUCAACGAAAAGGGAUACUGCAAAGGCAAAAGAAAAUGCGAGAAUUGAAAUUAUAUCAAGAAAAGCAAGUUUAAAGAGACCUAGCGUGGAAGGCAAAACAGUCUCUAGAGUUGGAUCUUUGAAGCAAAAUGCCGAAAAGAGACAGUGUCCCUGUUGCAAUUCAUGGAUUCAAGUUCCUCCUAAAAUUCCCAAAUUCAGAUGCAGUAUUUGUCAGGUCACCACUUAUUUAAAGAUGGACUCGAGCCAGCAGUCUUCUACUACAUCAGUAAAAGAAAAUAUAGUAUGCAACAAAUUCGUAUUGGAGAAGGUAAUUAAUGGUUGCGAAAAAGAAGUGAAAGAACGAAAGCUCACAAGUAGAGAAGAUUUUGCAAAAGUUUACGAUUCAGUAACUAUUUACUUAACCAACUGCUUUCAAGAUGCCACUAUAUUAAAUCAAUCAUUUUGCCCAGAAAACAAUUUAGAUACCAUUGAUUACUUAAGUCUUAGUGAAUUUUACGAAAUAGUAAUGAAUCUUCCCACAAGAAGACCGUUUUAUAGACUCCUCUGUGUAUCUAACGAAUUACUUAGGAGAUCUAAUAUUGCAAUGACAAGUUUCAAAUGGAUUUUGAUCAUCUUGAAUAAUCCAAUAGUAAGACAAGCCCUAACAGGUAGAAUACCGAAAAAAUUUGAAUCUGUAAAGAUACGAACAAUCGCGUAUGAUUUGGGGAAGAAAUGUAUUGGCUUCUUAUCGAAUAUGCCAUAUAAGGAAAACUCAGAUAAAUUAAUAAGGUAUCUAAAGUCUUUGUCAGUGGAAAGUACACUACAAUAUAUUGAGCUUUUAAAUAUUUAUCUUACAUUUCAACUACAUCGAAUAGUUCGUCAUGAAACAAAAACUGCCUUAGAAAAGUAUAGACCUUUCUACCCUGGAAUUGGUAAUGGAAAUACUGAGGCAUGGAUACAUGAUAAAUAUGCGCUAGGCACGAAUAAUGACAAAACUGUUGUACUGAGGGACUUUAGGUUUAAACCUUUUCAAUAUGAGGAUGAUUGGCAUAUUAAAACUGUAACAGAGUUGAUGAGAAAAUUUUAUCAAGUAAAUGUUGAAAGAUGUAAUCAACAAGGAUUUUCUAACAGCAAGAAAUUAAAUGUCUCUGAAUUCUAUAACACCAUGUUAGAUGUCAUAGAUUAUAGGAAGGAUUUUGAUAUAUGGCGAGGCUACACUGGUAACGAUCAGUUAUCAAAAUUUAUUAAUCAACAGAGUUGGAAUACCAGUUCUUUCACUUUUUGCAAAUACCCAUUCCUUUUAUCAUUGGGCUUGAAAAUAUCCAUCAUGGAAUAUGAAUUUAAACGUAUAAUGGAAUACGAAGCAGAAAAUGCAUUCUUAACCUCAUUAGAUAAAGGGAAAAUGGUAAAUGUGUAUUUCAAGAUUAGGGUACGUAGAAACAGAAUUACAAACGAUUCUUUGCAAUGUAUUCAACAACAUCAAGGUGACCUUUUGAAAUCUUUGAGAAUCGAAUUUAUUGAUGAACCUGGAAUUGAUGCCGGCGGAUUAAGGAAGGAAUGGUUUCUAUUAUUAACUAAAUCCCUUUUCAAUCCAAUGAAUGGUUUAUUCGUCAGUGUUGAAGAAAGCAAUCUAUCAUGGAUAGCUAUCCAUGAUAUACAAACGUUAAAUAAAUCAUCUACUUUCAAAAAUGAAUUAUUUUUCCUAUUUGGGGUCGUUGUUGCAUUGGCCAUAUUUAACAGUACAAUUCUUGAUCUGCAAUUCCCUAGAACUUUCUACAAGAAAUUAUGUAACGAACCGCUGACAUUUGACGACUAUAGAGAAAUAUAUCCAGUAACGGCCCAGAACCUUAUGAAAAUGCUGCAAUACGAGAAUGACGAUUUUGAAGAAGUAUUCGGACUAACUUUUGAAACGACAUACAAAGAUCCUUUGAAAUACGCUCUAGAUAAUGAGAAAUCGAAAGGCGAUGGAAUGGUCAGUGUCGAAUUAUGCAAAAAUGGAAGUAAAAUGAAAGUCACACAGGCAAAUAAACAAAAAUUUAUAAACUUAUGGGUGAAUUUUUAUUUAAAUGAAUCUAUUAUUAAUCAAAUUUCACAAUUUCGGAGCGGCUUUGAUAGAGUAUUUGCUAGAACUAAGUCAAUUUCGUUACUCAAUUCAGAAGAAUUGGAAAGGUUACUCUGUGGAGACGAGACACAACAAAGUUAUGAUUUCAAAAUGCUGCGAUCAGUAACAAAAUAUUCCGGCGGAUUUUCAGACGAUUCUCGUGUAGUUGCAUGGUUUUGGGAGAUAGUAGAAGGCUGGAAUUAUAAAUUGCAACGUAAAUUACUUUCGUUUAUUACUGGAUCAGAUAGAAUACCAGCUACAGGUAUUAGUACUUUAAAUUUCAAGAUCAGCCGACUUGGAUCGAAAGAUAAGAAUAACUUACCACUUUCACAUACUUGUUUUAAUGAAUUAUGUCUUUGGGAAUAUAGUUCAAGAGGCAAAUUAGAAAAGAAACUUUUAUAUGCAAUUACUGAAUCUGAAGGGUUUGGCUUCCGCUGA